AUUUUUGGUUUUGAGUUUUUUGUUUGUCUAACAGGAGAACACGCGGGAUAUCACAAGUUUUUGUGUUUCUUUCUCUUUGAGAGUCGUUCCCAAUUCCUCUCUCAAACCCUAGCCAUGGCGAGAACUCGCGCUGCUGCUAAGCGCUCUCAUCCCGAUCGAUUGGAGCUCAAUGAUUCCGACAGCUCAAUUGAGGAAGUUCCCCCGAAAGCAGCCCUUCGAUCCUCGAGUUCUGCUCCGCCACCAGAUGCUGCGGCUGACUCCGGCCCUGCUCCGUUAGACAAAUCGAUGCCAUCUUCUUCGAAAGCGGCUGGCCACAAAUCUGCACCGUCCUCCUCGCAUCCCCCAAUCAACGAUCCGGUGCCAGAUCUGCUGAAGAACUUCAUGAAGACCCGCGGGAACGUUCCGUACGACUCAUCAGACCGCUGCAGCAUGCACCGCUAUCAUCAGGCAAAGAGGGAUGCGGCUGACCCUUCGAUUUGGAAGCUGCCCUAUGCUCCGAUGAACUUUCGCUUCCUCACAUCUCAGGGAAUUGAAAGGUACAAAGAUUUCACACACCGUGAAUUUCAUGACCAGAGGUAUGUUCCGCGUGGUCCUGCUAGUACUACUGAGAUGAUGAAAUUGAUAGAGGAGAAUCACCUGUCUGACACUGUUAGUGAGAUUGAUCCGUAUGUCAAAGAAGUUGUGCUGGAAUUUUACUCAAAUUUCCACAUAUUCAAUGAGGUAACCAAGAAGUCGCCUGUGUUUGUUCAAGGGAAAAUGUACGAAUUCUCACCACAGAUGAUCAACAAAGCGUUUCGUACUCCUGCUAUCAAGUGGCAUGCCAAGGCUGAGUAUGAAAGAGCUGCAUUGUCGAAGCAUGCCUUGGCUAAGUAUCUGUCAGAAGGUAAAGUUGUUACCUGGAAGGACCUGCGUACUCCUGUGAUGCCUACACAUCUGGCUGGCCUGUACUUGAUUUGCUGCAUUAAUUGGCUUCCAUCAAAGAACAAUUCAAAUGUGACAAUUGAUCGGGCUAAGCUUUUGUAUCUUAUCAAUGAGAAAAUCCCUUUCAAUUAUGGGAAGCUGGUAUAUGAUCAAGUGGAAAGAGCUGCUCGCUUUCCAGGUCAGAUUCUAAACAUUCUGCCAUUCCCGAACUUGAUCUAUCGGGUACUUAUGUUUCAGAGGGAGAUUACCUUGGAGAACUUUGAAAAACCUGAUCCACCUCCAAAGAAGUUCAAUCCAGAAGUGAGAGGUGGUAUAGAUCACCCAAGACGUCGAGGAGAGUAUGUGUUUGGAACCUCAUUGGCAGGAGACCUGAGACACGCAUCCACUCUCCUGCUGAACAUGGCUGUUCGGUUGGAAGGGGGAGAUUAUGGGUUAGUACAGCCUUCUUCUGAUCAGUCUCAGGGUGUGAAUGCUGAUGCCGAGGCUCAAGGUUCUGAACCUGAAGCUGAUGACUCUUAUGCUGAGCCCGUUGAUGAAGGCUGGCCUUCAGAGAACUCUAAUUCGGAUUCAUUUGUGGAUUCAUUGGAUGUUGACAAUGAAGAAGGGUUUGAAGACACUCAGUCAGGAUAAUAUAGACUAGUUUUGGAGACUGAGUGGUCUAGGAUUUAGGGGGAGUCUUAACUUUUGGCAUUACUUCGGAUUGUUUUUGUAUGUAUGCCAUGUUUUCUCUGUUUUUCAGUAUCUUGCGAACAAGGAUCCUGUGUCUGAAUAUUUUUCGGAGUUAAGACUUAAUUUUAAUAAUUCCGCUGUGCCUUGUUUUUCGUUGAUAUGAUGUGUGCUUGUGAAUCUUGAGAGAAUCAUUGCAGGAUGGCUUGAAUUGACAAAUUGAAUCAAAAAGGGGGAGAUUGUAAGUGCACUCUAUACCAGGAGCUCAGAUAAGUGCACAAGUUGCCGGAACAGGAUUGAAGCUGUUCUUGGAUACAGGAGUAAUGACUAAGUAAUUGUCGCUGACGUGGAAUAGGCGCCAAAUGAAUGAAUGACGUGGUGAUCACAACAGGAUAAGUUCAGUUUGGCAAGAAGAUAUUCGAUGGAGAUUUGGAGAGAUCCAAGAUCGAGAAGACUAAACCUAGAAGAUCUGAAGACCUCGUGAAUAUAAAAGGGGUGCUAAGGCUCUUGCUAGGGUUAGCCGUUUCUGAAGCAAAAAAAGUAUCGCAAGCUUUUUUGUUCUGUUAGAGAGUAAGCUUUACUCUGUUUGAGUUGCAAGAGAGAUUAGAGAGUGUGUUCUUGUAAUUCUCUUGUGAGUCUUAGAAAUCUCAGGUGACAAGCCAAAAGUAAUUUUAGGUCUUGUGUAAAACCAGUUAAGAGAGUUGUAUCUUCUUAACCAGAUUUCUAAUAAAGUAAUACUCAGUGUUUCUGAGUUUGGGAAAUACGGUUCUGAGUUCAUCC